AUGCUACCCAUUCUGGCCUUUGUCAGUGUCGUCGCCGGCACCAUAGCGGCGCAAGGUACAAGCACAUUUCACCCGCCGGUGGCCAGGCCCUUUAUCGAUAUCGACUUCUUUGUCGGCUGGCCUGUCAACACCACUGCCCCUAACGGCCUCAUUGCAGUAACUCCAAAUGCAGCCGGCACCAUCACAGGACGUUUCAACGGCCACAUUGUUGAGAACACCACGGCUUCUGUUGAGAGGUUUUACCCCGCUGACACAGGUCCGGGCGUAUAUAGUGAAUAUAUCAACGAGAUCCUUCUUGCAACUGAAGAUGACGAAAACGUCCUCCUGAAGAUGAGUGGAACUGCUAUGUAUGCAAAUGGAGGCCUUCAUGGGUUCGCAUACGCACGCUUCGAAACCGUCAUUGCGAACCUCAGUUGGAUCAAUUACGGCAUGUUCGUGGCCGAGUGGGUGGGCAAUACGAAUUCCGGCACGGGCAAUGCAAAGGUCCAGGUAUUCGAGAUUUUGAGCGGCGGCCGACUCGAUGGCCAACCCAUUGCUGCCAUCAACACUACAGAUACUUCGGCUUGA